GUUCCUGGUUCCACCCGAUGUUUGUGUCUCAAAAUACAGAUUCCAUGUUGGCCACCUGACCAUUUAGGUUUGAGUCACGUGAUCCGUUCUCCAUCCUCGCCAUUUUGCAGUGUGAGAGACAGAGGCCACUUUUUACUGCUACAGGAUAAAGACCGUUUUUUAUUUUUUAUGUUUUGAGGCCAAAGAUCACUCAGAAUUGCCGAAUCAGCAUGGAGGACAGCAGUGGAGUUGCCAUCCUGCUCCCCCUCUCUAGAGGCCAACAGGAGACUGUCUUCAUCCCUGAAAGGGUGGAAACGCCUCCAGGUACCCAGAUGGAGCCUAGGGAUGAUGACCAGAGGCAGCAGCAGGCCGCAGACUCCCUCAUCAAGGUGAUCGAGAAGCUCAGCAAGAUCGUGGAGAAGCGCCCACGUCGAUGUACCCUGGCUGGGAAGAAGAGAGCCCUCAUGUCCUGUGCCUCCAUCAGAGUCCCAGAGAUCAGGGAGGGCAGUGGUGGAUCCUCCCCCUGCAAGAGAGUCCGGGAAGUGGAGGAAGAGGUAAAAGAGGAGGAGAUCAAGCCAGACAACAGUGCCCCUGCUGGCAGCAGUAGGACCAUCACCUGUUACCAGUGCAGCCUGUGUCGGUUCCUGUCCCCGACCUUGAGCCUGCUGAAGGAGCACCUGCGGCAGCACGAUGAGCAGCACAGUGACCUCAUCCUCAUGUGUUCUGAGUGUCGUUUCACCUCCAGCCACCAGGAGGAGCUAGAGGCCCAUGUCAGGCUCCACUUCGACCGCAGCAACUCCAACAAGAACCCUGUAUCCAGCCAGCAGGCCAGAGAGGGGAAUGAGGACUUGGGAAUGGGGGGUAGUGUGGAGGAUGUUGUGUUCAAAACAGCCAUGGACUGUGCUGAGGAGAUCCCUGCUAAGAAGAAGUGGUACAGCUAUGAGGAGUCUGGGAUGUACCGCUGCCUGAUCUGCAGCUAUGUGUGUGGACAGCAGCGAAUGCUAAAGACUCAUGCAUGGAAGCACGCAGGUCUGGUGGACUGCUCUUACCCGAUCUUUGAGGACGAGGCAGUGGCACCUUCCAGACAAGAAGCACCAGCACCUCCUGUAGCUCCUCCUGCAGAGGAAGCCAUAGUGGUCCUCACCCCGGUCCCAGAGAACUCCCAGAACCUCAACAAGAUGUCCACCUUCCAGAUUGACCUCUGUGCCCCUGUGGCGGAGUGUAGGAAUGAGGCCAGGACAGAGCCAAUCACAGAGGAGAGGCUAUCUAAAGACUCAGAGCCUAUGUUGGAGGUACAGGUGACCACAGAGACGGAGGUGGAACUUGUACAGGACUGUCAUCAAAUUACAAGCACAACAGACAGCCUCCUGUCAUCAGCCCAGAAGAUCAUCAGCUGCAGUCCCAACAGUGCCGGCCAUGUCAACGUCAUAGUGGAGCGACUGCCGUGUGCAGAGGAACCCGUGGCCACCCAGCCCCUCCUCCCCAGCCCAGAGGUGGGCAGAGACGAGAGCCUGCUGGCUGCAGAGGAGGCGGGCCAUGUGGAGAACCAGCCAAUGCUUGCUUACAAGGACGAGCAGCAGGAGGUGGUGAUUUGCUGGAGCAACAGUGAGAGGCAGCAGACCACCACGGACCCUCCACGUGACGAGAAUGCUCCCCCAGCCCGCAGGAGGACCCACUCUGAGUCUCUAAGGCUACACUCCCUGGCUGCUGAAGCUCUGGUGGCCAUGCCCAUGAGGACAGCGGAGCACAUCAGGAGCAUCGUGGGUCAAUGCUCCCAGAGCCCUGACACGGGCCAGAGGCUCCUGGAGAUGGCCACGGCUGCAGCAGUUUCAGCCGACAGAGCCCCUGCAGCGGUAGAGGAGCUGGCAGGAGUGGGCAGUGUGGGGUCAGCCCUGGUAGACCUGGAGCUACAGGGGUCCAGCGAGUACGGGCUGGCUGAGGGCCCCACCAAGGCUGGCAUCAGCCUGUCCCUGCUGACGGUCAUAGAGAGGCUGAAGGAGCGCUCGGACCAGAACGCCUCAGAUGAUGACAUCCUGAAGGAGCUCCAGGACAACGCCCAGAGCCAGCACGCCGGGGAGGUCAGCGCCUGUGGAGGGGGGGACCCGGGUAACCCUGGUGGGGGUCUGGUGGACUACAUCCCUGGCAGCGAGAGGCCCUACCGCUGUCGCCUGUGUCGCUACAGCAGUGGGAACAAGGGCUACAUCAAGCAGCACCUGCGAGUACACCGCCAGAGACAGCCCUACCAGUGUCCCAUCUGUGAACACAUUGCCCUGGACAGCAAAGAUCUAGAGGGCCACAUGAUCAACCACUGCAAGACCAGGGUGUACCACUGCAAGCAGUGUACUGAGGCCUUCUAUUACAAAAGUCAGCUGAGGAACCACGUUAGAGACCAGCACGGUUUGGGCGACACCAACGCAACACUAACCCCUGUCACUGAAACCACGGCAACCAUGGAGGAAUCUGAAAAGAUGACAAAUGACGAUUCCAUCAGUUCGCAGAAGGUGUACAGAUGUGAUGUGUGUGAUUACAGCAGCUCCACGUACGUUGGAGUUCGGAACCACCGGAGGAUCCAUAACUCUGACAAGCCUUACAGGUGCUGCAGCUGUGACUUUGCCACGACCAACAUGAACAGCCUGAAGAGCCACAUGAGGAGACAUCCCCAGGAGCACCAGGCUGUCCAGCUACUGGAGCAGUACAGGUGUUCACUGUGUGGCUAUGUGUGCAGUCACCCUCCGUCCCUCAAGUCUCACAUGUGGAAGCACGCUGGCGAUCAGAACUACAACUACGAGCAGGUGAACAAGGCCAUCAACGAGGCCAUCUCCCAGAGCGUCCGUUCCCCCAGUGCCCCGCAGAAAGUUUCAGCAGUGGGGGAGGCAGUGGCAGAGCAGUCUGGUGUGGUGCAUUGUGGGAAGAAGGAGAGGGUCUUUGUGGACCCAGCCCCACUAGCAGAGGUUCCUGUGGACAGUGUCUUUGGCGGUGGCUCAGGGCCAACAACAGAGCUCAUCCAGUGGUCCUCCAGAGAGCAGGCCCCACAGAGCGACAACCCCCAGCACAGCCCCCAAGGGAAGGAGGGGGUCCAGUCCCGGGCCGGCAUGGAGUAUUGUGUGCUGCUGUUCUGCUGCUGUAUCUGUGGCUUUGAGUCUACCAGCAAGGAGAGACUGAUGGAGCACAUGAAGGAACAUGAGGGAGACAUCAUCAGCAUCAUCCUGAACAAGGAGCAGCAGGGAGCAGCCCAACCAGCAGAGGGCAGCACAGCACAGUGAGACAGCAUUUACCCCUCCCCUUACCCCAACAAAGAACCAGGAACCUACCCCCUUACUCACACUGAGUCUGAUUUUAACAACUGUACCUUGCAUCUUGUUUUCUGGUUCUUAAUUUUAUGAACUUAACAGAAGGUUACAAAAAGUGUAUCAGUUGGAGCUCAGACAUACAGAAAAUUGGAAAACUCCCAUUUCAAGGCGUUGCAGUAAAAUGUUCUACCUGAACAAGUUCAGACACGUUUAAUACCUCAGAAAACAGACAUUUCCAUAUUUUCAAAUGGAGCUCAGUCCAUUCUACUCAGCAAACAUAUAUUGACCACAUGGCAGCUUUUGUAUUAAAAUACUGUAAUAUAAUUUAAUAUAUUUAAUCCUUCACAUUUAUAGUUUAUCUGUGGCACCUGCCCUAGGCUGUACAGAGAUGCCAUCUACUUGCAUGUUGUGUUCAUCUUAGCUAUAUUCAAAAUGGGUUAAUACAACCUGGUCUCAGAGCAUUUCGUAUUAUUCUGUACAUAAAUCUGAGACAAUCGAUAUUUUGCAAAUUUGUAACGACUAAUGUUAGCCACCUAGCUAGAAUUUGUAACGUUGCAUACGUUUAGCAAAUUCAUAACACGUUGUACGUUUUGCAAAUUCGUUACAUAUAAUACAAAUUGUAGUUCUUAACAUAUCAUUAUGAAAUGGAUGAUUUACUUCCACAAAUGAAUACAUACCAUACAAAAUGUAACACAUCAUACUAAUUUGAGUGUCCUGGAUUUACGUUUACGAUGUUACGUCUAGUCUAUGAGACCAGGCUGGUUAAUAAUAUGUAUCAAUGUAGGCCUAUGCAUGUUGGUUUCCGUUAUGUCGGAGCAAAGGAAAAGCCUUAUUUUAUUUAAUUCACUGUUUGAUUCUAUUUUGACCUAUUGGACCUCUGGUACGUUUAUGGUAAUGAUGGGCCACUUGAGGGUGGUUUCCUAAAGCUGUAGGAUAGAUAGGCUGGCACUAGUUGUUGUUUUACCAACAUUCACCACGGCGUCAAGGCUUCUUGAGGCAGAAAUCGGUUAGGAAGGAAUUUCUACGGUACGAUCAGUCAAUUAUGGUGCAUAUUAGUGGUCAUUUUAGACCCCGGCGAGAUGGUAAAUGGACAAUCAUUGAACUUUGAUUGCAGCCAACACCCAACUGUGUUUAGCUUCGGCUACGUAUUACUGUUCUGAUUACGAUAAUCAUUUCUAGAUUCAAGUUUUAGCUCAACAAUUGCCAAGUUGAUCCCUUGAAUAUGGUAAGCAGUUCCCAAAGUUUCUCCACAUAGGCCUAGCACUUGUCGAUAAUGGAUGGCUGGAGUGAUUGACAUCCUAGCACAGAGCGGUGUGCUAGCAUAGUAAACCUAUGAAUGAACCUGCUAUUCCUAUCUUUGUGUGCUGUGUUGACCAAUAGCGGAGGGUGAUGUAUAUGACCAGCUUUUCAAGUGAUGGGGCCUAUAGGCUACUGUAGACUGACGUUAGAUAUGGUGUUUUCCGUUUGACUACCUCUGCUAAAGUAUUUCCAAACUUCACUCACCUUUCCAUUUAGUUUCACACUAAACAUGCUUUGGUAUGCAGAGUGGUGACUUGGAAAUCAUUUCCAUGCCCUUACUGUUUUUAUGUAGACAGAUAGGUGUAGGGAAUUAUGAUCAAAUUAAAUAUCCAUAAUUCGAGGGAUUUCUGGAUUUGCGUUUGUGUAGCUCAAUGUGUCAAAUAAAUGAAAUCGUUAUCUUCUGCACGCUGAAAUUCUCAUUAUAAUGGCAGAUUAUUCCCAUGUUAAUUUACAAUUCAAAGUACUAACGUCAGGAAGACCGUGACGGUCUGCAUUUAAACCGCACUUAAUUCCCCCACCCCCAAUUUACAUAGUUUGCAUUUUAAUGAGUGGUUCAGUGAAUUAAAGCAAGCAGAACCACAUGCUGAUCAUAGGCCACUUUCUGCUACGUAUAAUCUAUCUGGGGGGUUUAUAUGAUUCUAUUUGUGGACGUACUGUAGUGCAGCUUCUUGCUGUGUCUUUCUGAAAGCCUAAUGAUCGUCUUACCUAUGCAGACCAUGAGACAGAGGGGAUACGGUGGGAAAGGGAACUGACUAGUGGCCUAAGUGAAUUGAUUGGUGGUUGUGGGUCAGAGGUGCAAAUAGUUUUGGAUAGAUCUGACGUCGUAUUUCUUGUGGGAAAGCUUCAGGUUAUCUGAAUGUUCAAUGUGACAAACACAUUGGCGCUGCAGAUGUUAACUCAAACCGGUGCGCCUGGCACCUACUACCAGACCCCGUUCAUAGGCACUUAAAUAUUUUGUCUUGCCCAAUCCCCCUCUUGAGUGGCACACACACACACACAAUCCAUGACUAAAUUGUGCUAAUACAUUUGUUCCGUAGUUUAUGUCCAGACUGCUGGCGAAAUUGCAUACUCAAUUAGAUAUAUUACUAUGCUUAUUUAUCUCUUAUACUACUUGUUAUUUGUCUAUUUGAUUUGGAAAUGUUAGAUUUCAGAUGGUGAUGCAUCCAUGUGAGUCUACCACUCUGGCUUUCAUUUCAGAAAUUAGGCGAUGAACUGACAUGAGAACCUGGAUGGGAGGGAAAGGUUCUUCUAGGUUGUGUGACAUCUGAUGUGGAUGAUUUUGACAUGUUCUUUGUUUGACUUAACCAACCCUUAUCCCCAGGUCCCUACUCAAUUCAACUACAGGGUGCCAUGUGAUGCGUAACCGUCAAUAGAUUGUGCAUUUUCAAAGACAUUUUAAUGUGCUAUUUUUGCUCAUCCUGUCAACGUUUGUGCCUUUUUUUGGUCUUUGAGUCUCUGAGAGUCUCUCGUAGUCAUUAGCUAGCUAUUUGUUAUAGGCUAUAUCUGCCCGCGGGUGCUGUUGUGCGCCCAUCUGUUCAGAAUGAUAAUCCAAGGAGGUCGUGGGUGUUAUUCAGUCAAAGCUGAAUAGCCUCUGUAACGCCAACCCCUUGCUCUGUGAUGUAUCCCACACACUGGUUGGAGCAACGUUGUUUCCACAUUUCAAUAAAAUGACAUUGAACCAACGUGGAAUAGAUGUUGAAUUGACGUCAGUGCCCAGUGGACUGGGCCUGUACAUAAUUAGUUGAAAUACUGUAGUAUUGCAAACUGACAUUUUUUUUUUUAUAAUCUAUUUUUUAAAUAUAUUGUAAAGAAAAAACACUAAGUCCAAUGUUUUUUUUGUUGCUGAAAUAAAUACAUUUGCUAAAAUGUUGGAAAAUGGGUGUGCUUUUUAAUUGGCUAUAAAAUGUAUUUGCGGGGAGUGUUAUUUUUUUUUACACAGAGCUGUAUGUGUUUCGAGCCAAAGUUAGAGAAGGUGAUAUCUCUCACUUUUUACACUGUUAAUUAACGCUGUUCAGUGCUUAACUUGUUUCAAGUUCAGUGUGUAUUCGCUCCGGAGGCCACAGAGCGAUGCUUGCUAUCUAUUUAUUUUGAGCAUCAUAGACAGUAUUAUGUCAUAUCUUUGCCUAUGUAUUUUUGUAAUAAAUACUUUGUGGAUGAA